GAAGUAUCACACAUCCAUCCCAUCCACCGUACAGAGCCCCGUUGCAUGUCGGGAAACUUGAACAUGUACGUACGUCGUAGGAGCGACGUAGAGCGUUGAAUGUGUCGAUUCCGUUCGGGGUUGGCUUGCACUUUUCGCGGUUAUAUGUGCGCGCAGCAACGUCGCGUGGUCGGUUAUCAAAGUUCGCGAAAGUCUCCUGGCGUAUAGUGACUGAGAGUGAUAAGAGGCGAGGCGAAAAGGGAAAUCUUCUCCUUUUCUUGGGACGCUCGCCAAUUUCGGUGGUGCAUAGGACUUAUCGCGGCGCGUCGUUCUUAACAAACAAGAGUGCCCCGGAGAACCUCGUAAACUUCUUGAUGUGCAUCUGUGUGCGGUAUAUACCGUCUGGUCCAAUCACGGAAUUCGCGGGCUAAGAUGCCCGACGUGGCUCCCGUGGACAACGUCGGCAUCGAGAUCAGGAUCAACGAAGCGGUGCACGACGAGUGGAGCGACGCUCGCUCCUGGUUUCCCGCGAACCACAUCGCCGAUCUAAUUUUCAUGUAUACCCGUGCAUAUGGGUGAACAAUUUUCUGUGUUUUGAAACAUCGAACAGUGAUUAGAAAUUAACUGAAUGUUCCCGAAAAAAAUAAAAUAAAGGAUCAUUCGUGCGUUACAUGCAACCGCCGAUGAUAACUGCUAUUUGUUGUUCAAGAUAAUCGUGUAUGGAAAGAACGAUAAUUUAGUAGCGUAUUAUUAAUUAUUUCAUUUAGUUUCAUGUGCUCCUAAUGAAAAUACACAUUGUAAAAUGUUUAUAUCUGGUGCAGAUGGUGGAUCUGUGAAGAGGACAUAUUAAUUACUCAGUAAAUAUAUUCUUUGGAAGAUUUAAUAGAGACUCGAUUGUCUUUUGUAUUUACACUACUUAAUAAUAGUAUACAUGAAAAAAGUAAUUAUAUUGUGAUAGAAUGUUCGUUCAGGCUAAGUGAAAAAUGAAGCAAAUGUAAAUGUAAGGUGCCCAAGAGCGUAAGGAAACUGUAUAGUCGUUUGACAAUUACAUGUUCCGUUUGUUUUAUACAGUUUUGGACACGAGUAUGCAUAAACUGAUAUGCGUUUUAAAUGAACCAAAAUAAUCUGUUAAUGCUGGAUCUUAAGACUAUAUUCUGAACAAGAGAUCAAUUCUCUUGUAUUCUUAUAGACAAGAAUAGCUAACUGUCGAUGGUGCUCUUUCUAAACAAAGAAAGUAUAAAACAUAUUUACGUUGAAUUUCAAUGCUGACCUUGUGAAGGAAUAAUCUUUUAAAAAUGUGUGAACAAACGGAAAUUAACUACCUGGACGGGGAUGUCGUUUGGGUAAAACUCGGUGCUUGUUGGUGGCCAGGACAAGUUACUGGGUUUGACAAUUUACCUGAAGACAUUCAACAGGAGUUUAAAAAGAAACCUUUAAUCGCUGCUGUAAAAUUCUUUCAAGAAGAUACAUAUGAAUUCGUCAAGAACUAUCAACAGAUUUACAAAUAUAAUUGUACCCUUAAAGAUGACUUUAUCAGAAAAGGAUUAGAUAAAUAUAGAAGUAAAAGCAAAGUUGGAUCCAGAUACAUGGAUAAGUUUCCGGGAGAUGUGGAAAUGGCUGAAAAAUUGACAGGAGGCGAUCCUGACAUAUUAAACAGUGAUAAAUUUUCUCCAGAAGAGAAACCAGAUAUAUCAGCUUUGUUUGGGGAAAAGAAGAUUCCUAAAAAGAAACGGGAGCGCGAGGAAAGUCACAGAAAAAGUGAUAGUAUCGAUGUUAUACGAAAAAUUACGCAUCCACGAUUUUUAAGAGAGAGUGAUCAUGAGGUUCGAAUUCGUCAGCAACCUAGCAGUUUGUCAUCUACACCGACCAGUACUGGUUCUCCAGUUUAUCCUUGUCAUUUGUGCACCUUUACAUCUUCGCGAAUCAACGUUAUCAUUUGUCACAUAAAGAGUCAUAGAUCUGGAAGUGGUUCACCAAUUUCAAAAUCAAAGGUGAAAACUUAUUCCCAAUAUAAAAGCAGAUACUCCGACGACUCUUUGGAUACUCCGAAAAGAAAAUAUGCGAAAAAGGAAAAGAGUCACUCGAGUAAAAGUAAAAGCGGUAGCGAAUCCAGUAAAAGGAAACAGGCUAAACAAAGUGAAAAGACGGCUAAAAAGAAAAAAACGUCGGAUCCGAAAAUUCGUGAUACUAUAUUAGCGGAUUGGGAAGAUGAAUCAGAAGAGGAAAUUAGCUUGAAUCAGAGCAAAGUUACGGAUUCGGAAUCAGCGAACGAAUCACCGAUGAAAGCUCAGUUUAAUUUUGACAAAUCCGAAGAAUCCAUUGAGAAGAAUAAUGCAAUGCCAGAUGCAAACGAAAUCAUCGCAGAAACUGAAAAAUUACUCAAGGAAACUGAGAAGUUAACUGCAAUUGAUAUAAUAGAUGAUUCUUCAUCCGACAGUACUACUACGUCAAAGCAUUUUCGAUCAAGUCUUUUUGAUAAGCAAACGAAAUCAGAUAAAUCUGAGAAAAUAUCUGAUGCUGAAAGUAGUGAAUCUACUAACAAAUCACCGACCAAGGAAACUCCUAAUACUGACAAUGAAAGUAAACUUGACACAUCUAAUGAGGAUGUUAAGAAAUCACUAUUAUCUUGUUUCGAUUUCCAUGAGGAAGAACCAUCUAUACCUCCGGUAAGGAAAAAAGCACGUGCAUUUCAUCAGAAAAAAGAGAUAAUAAAAGAAUUCGAAUUGAGUCAGAAGAUAGAACAGGAAAAGGAAAUUGAAAAUGAUAAAUCUGAAGAUGAAAGUAACAAUAUUAGUCUUAAAGAAGAUGAAAAAUUAGACACGCAAUUAUCUUCGAGUGAGAAGGGAAAGAAUGAUGAUAUUGCGAAUGAUGAUGAACAAAUAAAAAAUGAAGUUGAACAAGUAAACCAGACGUCUAAAUCUGCGAAUGUAUCAGAAGAUGCACAGAAGAAAUCCUGUAUUACUACUUCUGAUACGGAAGUACAGAUUGUUGAAAUACUUGACGUCGAAAAAGCCGAAACAGAUUUGAAAAUUAUCGAGACUCAAAAUGUCGUUGAAACAAAUGAAACAGCUGUUAAAGUAAAUGCAGUGCCAGAUUCUAAUAAAGAAUUGUUAGAAGAUAGAAAUUUAAGUGUAAAAAAUAAUUUUAACGACGACGAACCAUUGGAAUGUAAGAAAAUAAAUGUUACUGAGGAUACAAAGGACAAAGAACAAAAAACACUAAAGGAGUCAGAAGCUGCAUCAUCUGAACGAUCUACGAUAGAAACAGAGGAUGAAACUGUAUCUGAAACCACUGAAACGCUCCCCGAACAGAGUGAAAAUUCAGAUGCAGACACAUUGGAUCAAGAUCAAGUGCCUAUUUCAAAUUCGACCACCGUUUUAUUAAACAACAAUCAGACGAAUGUUGAACCACAAGUUCGUAGGCGUAGAGGUAGACCAAGAAAAUCGGAAUCUAUUCGUACUAGUAUCAGCGGAAGUCCCAGUGGUAGCGAAAGUCCACGAACAAAGGAGAUCAAGAACAGCCCGAAAUUUUUCGACAAAUUUGAGAUAGAGCAUAAAACUUCAGAAUCUGAUAGUGAUCGUUCGCAUAGCGGCAGAAAACGAAAACCGAACAAGAAAUACUUAGAAUCCGAUAUAUAUGUGCAGGAUGUGGAUAAAAAAGUUCAUAAGACUGAUGAGAGUCAAUCUGAGACCGAAGAGAAAGAAAUAACAAGAAAUAAAUCAAAAAGAAUAAAAAGAUCUAUAAAGCCUGAUAAAGAUAUUACCGAGAAAGUUGAUCUUAAAGAAGAAAAAGAAGUAGAAAUUUCCUGCGGCUUAGUAGAUACAACAGGAAAUGAUGUGAAAUCUUCAAAUAUAGAAUUAAAGAAUGAUUUUCUUGAAGAUAGUACGACAAACCAAAUGUCCGUUGAGUUGAAUGAACUUAAUGAUAAUCAAACUCCUACUGGAAGUUCCAAGCAAUUGGAAACAUCAAGCGAGGAAAAAAUAUUCUUGACACAAUCUGAUGAGAAGAAAAUUGACUUUAAUGAUGCUAAAUCUGUAACAGUAGAAGAUAUGAAUUUUGAACAAGAGAAAGCUACGGAUAAUGAUAGUGAAAAUAUAUCUGGGAAUUUGCAACAAGAAGAUUUAAAACAAGAUUUAAAAGACUCUGAUACAGAAUCCCUCAGUGCACAAGUAGAACUUACAUCUGAGAAAGAAAUAUCUCAACAACUAGACACCUUAAAAGCUGUAGAUAUGCUUCCCCCUAAAAAAUCUCAAAUAAAGAAGUUCGAAUUAGCGCAACUGGAUUUUCUUGAUACAGAUGUCUCUACAAGCAAACUUGUAGAUUCUGAUGCAGAUAACAAACAAGACAAAUUGAAAAAUAUUAAUACGGAAAAGAUUGAAAGUAAAGCAGAUUCUGAAUUCUCUGAUCCCUUAAAACAAGAACAAACUUUAAUUCCAGAUCAAGUAGAAGUAGAGGUUAAAACUGUAGAGAACGUAGAAGUUCCAAAGCAAGAGAAGGAAGAAAAUAAAUUGCCGGAUGCUGAUAUAAAUGCGGCAGUUAGUCAAGAUUUAAAGAAAACGGAAACAAAAACAUCGAAAAAAGAAGAACUUAAAUUAAUUAAAUCGGAGAAGAUGGAAAAAAUAACCAAAGAACCAAUAAUUGUAUCGAACGAUCAACAGGUUCCAAAAGAACAGAAAAAGACAUCCUUACAAACGAAACAUAAGAGCAAAUUCAUACCAGAUAUUAGUAGUAAAUCAAAGAAAGCUAAAGGAUUAUUUCCUGAUGAAGAAUCAACAAAUACAUUCCAAGAAGCUUUCUUAAAAACUUUACAUAUAGAUAAGAAGCCUGGAGCAACUGAUGAUUCUGACAAUGCUGAAAAAGGAAAGAAGGUUAAGAAAAUUGCGAAGAAGAAACCAGAAGAGGAAGAUACACAUCUCUCUCGUGAAACACCUAAAAAAAGUGAGGAUUCAAAUAUUCCAGUAGAUUUUACUGAUCUGUCUCAAAAUAAUAAUUCUCAAAUUACAGUUGUGAGUACUUUUGAGGGCAUGGCAGUAGUCGUUGACCAAAAUCUUCAAAUUGAGGCGAAACCUGAUGAUCCUGUGGUUCAAAGUGUGGAACAACUUCCAUCGAAAUCACUAGUGCAACCGUCUGUUAUUGAAGACAACUUUAAAUCUAUUGCUUCAGAUGCACAGAAGAUGGAUGAUUCUUCAAGACGAUCAACUUCUACGCCAUCACCGUCAUCUGAUGUUGCUGUACCGGUAAAAAAGCGUGAAAUGCCAAGAAUAAUCGAAAAUGUAAUACUAACUGAACCGAUGCAAAUUUUGAAAUCUAAGUUACUAGACAAAUUGCCUCAGAAGAGUGUGAAACAUAAGUUAGAAGCGGAAACGACAAAAAAAUCAGAUCAAAAAGGUAGUCCAAAACCAAAGAUAAUGAAGAUCGAGUCCAUGUCUCCUAACAUCAAAAUAAAAAGUAGUUCAAAGGUUACAACUUCUCAUUUGAGCUUGACUAAGAAGUUACAAGUCCUAAAAGCCGAAGAAGCGGAAACAGCUGCAAUGAUAGAAGCACAAAACGAGCAAUUAGGUGUGAAAACGUCAAAAAGUUCCGCUACGACGACCGCAGGUGGGAAAUUUAUUCAACAAAGUUCGCAAAGCCUAGCGGAUAUGGAGUUAGAUAUAAAUUCUAUGCCGUUUGUCUUGAGCGAUGACGUUUUAACUCCCGAAAGUAUCGAACAAAUGCCCGUGGUUAUAUCAUCUAUUAUACCACCAUCUAACACGAUUCCGACAACAUUGUCCUUUACACCUACAACGCAGAUUGUAUCACCUACUCAAACUCAAUUCACACUAAACGAAAGUACAAGCGAGCUAUCGCCUACGAAGAAGAAAAGCGGGACCCCUGCAAUUUUGAAAAAUAAAGCUAAAGCAAAGCCUACGAUUACUAGCAUGAAAACAUUGGUACCGCCACUUACAGGCGGCGUGAAAGGUAUAAAAUUCCAAAGUACGCCGACAACGAGCAAAGUAUCGCCGCUUUUAAUGCAGAAAAGUACAACAGGAAAGUAUGUGGUUGUACAAACUUCUAGUGGACAGCAGUUGCGUUACAGUGUUCAAGGUAAAACAGGUACACAACAAAAGAUUGCCAUCCCAUCUAGUAAAGGUACUGGAAACGCGCAAGUAGUUCAUCAGGGUGGCAAAGUAGUUAUAUUAACAUCGGCGCAGUCAGGACAAACCAAAAUGUUACCUUUGAAUAUAUCCAAACAAUUAAGUGGAAAAGCAGUUCAAAGAUUUAUGACGAGUAAGGGUCCAGUAUUAUGUCCUAUUAGCCCUCAGGGCCUAAUAAAUUCGAAAACAGUCAUUGCACCGAAAGGUGAUGGUUCUUCGCCGACAACCUCCAAACUACCUGCAGGACACAAAAUAAUUAGCACACAAGGUAUAAUCACUUCGAAAGGUGUUUUAACUCCAAUCUCGGGAACAAUUGGGAAGACAGCACUGUUAGGAACAUUGUCUCAAGGAAUUCUUACGAAGGGUGGAAUUUAUACACCAAUCAGCACUUCCACGUUAAGCGGAAAAACCAUCCUUGGAUCAAAAACUCUUGUUACGAAGGGUGCAACAAUAUUAUCUCCACAGAAUUUGGGUGCCUCCAAAGCUAUUUUGACUCCCAUAUCUCAAGCUAUCGCCGGGAAAACGAUUUUAACCACUCAAGGUAUCGUGAGUACCAAGGGUACCGUUUUGACACCGAUAACAGGGCAACAGGUGAAAGCCAUCGCAGCAAAGAGUCCAUCUAAAAAGGUGCAAUAUCAAUCUGUACAACAAAAAGUGCAGCUGCCUAUGUUACAGAAGUCGCAGAAGAUUCCAAUGUCUGCUACCACGCAAGGAAAAUCCGGACAAAUUAAAACCACUAGUACAGUGGUAUUACAAAAUACUGUUCCUACACAAAAAAUUAUACAUGGGAAGAAUGUUAUUAAGCAAACAAUUAUACAAGGUUCUCCUCUUCAAAGUAUCGUGUCCCAAGCCAAUAUACAGCAAACAGCAGGCACUAGUCCACAAGUUCAACAGAAAGGAAUGGUCGUGUCUUCGUCAUCGGUACAAAAGCUCAUUGUGCCACGUUCCGCUCGGCAACAAAAAGCGCAACAGAAAAUUGUUGUCCAGAAAGUACAAGAACCUGCAAUUACGACUGUCCAAAGUGUCCAAUCGAAACAAACCGUAUCAGUACCAAUGACUAGUGUAUCUAAAGCAACGGUUCAACAAAAGCAAACACCUAGUACCGCAACAAAAGUCACCACAAAGAGCCACGUGAUGGGUAAGACUGCUGUGCAGCAACAGAAGAAUUUCUUAAAUAUUGGGAUGAACUCUGUGACUGCAGCUAACGUGAGUACAAAUAUUCCUACAACUUUGUCUCUACCACCUUUGGAACCUAUCGAGUCUGAAAAGAAACCGAAAGUGGAAAAUGUAUUUGCUGAAUCUGUCCAAAAGGAGCAACAGCCCAAGGCAGAAAAGUCCACCGUCGACAGCGGUGGUGAAGCAGACAAGAUAGAAGAACCAAAAGUAGCGACACAGCCACAGAUAAUGGCGUUGCCGACGGAAAGUAGCGAUGGAACGCAGACCUACGUUUUAGUAACUAUCGACGAACACGGACAAAUACAACCUCUCGAUAGCAAUACACUUAUGUCGUUGGAAGGUACCACACAAAAUCCCGAUGGUACAAGAACUCUGUAUAUAGAUCCCAGUUCGUUAGGAGAAGCUGGCACGUUAGACAAUAUCGUUCUUCAAUUUGACAAUGGUGUAUUGCCUCAAACCAGUGCUACAGAAACGACACAAACAAUAAUAUCAGAAAGUUUUCCUACCUCGGAAGUGAUACAGACAUCGAAUCAAGAUAUUUUAGCAGCCGCGUUAGCGAAUACAGAUUUCCAACAAGAAAUUAGUCUAACAGAAAAUCCUACUGGAAGCAGCCUGAUGCCAGUAACCACUGGUUUGACUCAGACAAGCUUGAUCAAUCAGACUAUCUUACAAUCGACUAUCAUACCACCUACAGAACCAAUAUCAUCUCCCUCAGUGCUCGAAACUUCGUUAACUUUGAAUCAGCCUAUAAUGACACCUUUAGAGGUACCCAGCAAUUUACCAAUACAAUCGGAAUCGACCUCAACAUCCGCUGUGGCGACUAUUCCAUCAUCUCUUGAGUUACCAAUAACGAUCACGAAUCCGAGUAUCUCGUACAUUUCAACGGGGGAAACGCAAAUUCAGAUUCCUGGUAAUUCCAUGCCAGAUAUCGGAGAAAUUAUGGAGACCCCGACUACAGUGACAGAAAUCGCACGAACAGAAAUUCCUCCGAGUACUCAGUACUUGGUAUUGCCGAAUUUAGAAGAAAAUAUCACCGCGGAAACUUCGAGCGUGCAGACCGAUGCCAUUUCAAUGCCUAGCGUUUCGUAUUCAGUUUCGAUACCAAACAACAUUGUGUUAGAAGGCUCACAAGUUCAAACCACGCCUUCGAUGCCUAUAAUAGACGACACGUAUACCGAGAACAUGCAAUUCGGCUCUACGAUGGAAUCAUCGAUGACAACGGAAGAAACAUUCACGAAUGUUCCCGUUUCCGAGAUGAUUGUUUCGAAAUCUACUGCUCCUACAGACAAUACAAAAUCGGAAAAUAUUACCGUAACAUCAGAGAUCGUAGAAUCUCAUGACGUUCCUGCACCUUCACAAGAACCGAUUAUAUCAACAAACGAAUCAUCGAUCUUGAACGAAGAAGAGGAUGUAGCAAUGGAAGAAGUGUAUUCUUCGCAGGUUUCUGAUAAGUCAGACGUUGUGACUUUCGACCAAGCACAUAGUAAAGAGGAGACAAAAGUUAGCGAAAACGAAGAAGCUAGUAAUAAUAAUGAUACAGUACGUACACAAAUUGCGGAGCAGCCAGAUGAUGCAAUGACGAGUAAUAUGUUGAUAAUUGAUGAAAAUGCUUUAGUUAGUUCUAAGUCAAAUGUGAACGUGUCUGAAGAACAUGCAAACUUUGAAGUCACGAAUUCGAACGAAGUAGACGCGAAUAGUUCACAAGAAUCGAAGACUACUGAGAAGUGUGAAAAAACACCUUUCGAUGACCCGUCUGACAAAAUUCACUCGCCUGUGUCCGAAGAACAGCCAGCAACAUCAAACGAGGUAGAAGCUGCUCAAGGGGGAUCACCCAUUUUACCUACAGAAUCACUGAAUCGCGUGGAGGAUCAGAGUAUGGACAUAGACGAGACUAUCGAGUCGAAAAUUUACGGUACACGCGGUCUGAAGAAGAUGGAUGAUUCUCAAAGAGAUGAGCCCUCGUCUCAAGGAGAAUCAAACCUGGUUGAAAAAAAUCUGAAGUUACAUUAUGACGAAGCCAGCGCAGAGGCUGGUCAUGAAACACCAUCGCAAUCGUAUGAACAGUUUGGAAUAAGGAUGUCUACCGAUUCUACUGAUUUACCUAGUCAAUCUGCUACGAAAUCCGAAAAUUCACGAGAACCUUCUCAAUCGAUAACUUACGAACCUAUGGAUGUAGACGAGGAGGCUACCGCGACGGAACCGCCGACCCAAUCGUUCGAACACUCGGAGAUAAAUGAAGCUUCUCAAUCCUACGAGAAUUCUGCGGAGGAAGGUACAAAUACACCUACUCAAUCCUAUAACGAACUGAUGCAAGGCCAAGAGGAAAAAUCAGCUAUCGACGAGGCGAUCGAUGAUCAGACGUUUCCAACGCAGAGCUACGAGGUCGGUAAGCCGGAGAAUAUCCAAGAAAAUUUAGAAAUUGACGCCGAGAUCAGUCAGGAGGGCAACAUGCCGUCUCAGUCUAACGACAUUGGUACCGAUGGUAUUGGUACAUCUUCGGUUUCUACGAAUAACUCCGGACUUAACGAAGACGAAACUGCAAGUUCGUCUUAUGUUCCAGAAACUCCCGAGAAUCAAGAAAGGGAUCCCGAUCAGGAAAGUGCAAUAAGUACGUCGUCUUGCGAGAUUCCGCCGUGCGCUGAAUUGAAUAUCGCAUCGUCCAGCGCGGAGCACACUAGUAUCCAUGACAAUGGAGUACCUGAAAUACCUACGUCGUCGUAUAAUUUGAAUCCGGACAUCACGUCGACUCAUGUAGAUUCCGUGCCGACCUCCAGUUACGAAGAACAAAACGUGUCAACUUCGUACGAGGUGCCGAUCUCCAUGCCUGGCCUAGAGGAGAAUCCAUCCCAGAAUUUUGUUACAGAGAGCACGGAUCAUAGAAACGAACCAUCCAGUUAUUACGCGCAUCACCAGGAAGUGACUGCGAGUUAUUACGAAUCCGUUGGGCAAGAGACAAAUUCAAGACUGGAUGGAGAUCCACAGGAGGAAGUUACUCCCAGUUAUUACGAUGGUAACCCGCAGGAAGCGAGCCAAAGUUACUUUGCUCCAGAGGAAGCUACGCCGAGUUACUCCAGCCACAAUGUCUCGCCAAGUUACUAUGACCAUAGACCAGAAAGUGAGGCGAGUCAGAGUUAUUACUCCGCGGACGACAUAGACAAAUCGGAGCAAUCUUCCUCGCAGAAUAUCGAGGCGUCGCAGAGUUUCUAUCAGGAACAAUCCGACGAAUUGAAAUUGACGCAACAAGGAGAAGCCACGCCAACAUACACGGAAAGGUAUCCAGUUGAUUAUACGUUGGAAAAUUCACCGAUAGAGAGGCACGAUCUUGUAGAAAGUUCUGUACCAGCCACCAGGCCUACAGAGAGGUAAUAUAUUCUACCGGGGAAUAGCAUUUCGCUAUAAAAAAUUUUUAAAAAGUCCUUGUAUGCGCGAAUUGAUGGACGCGACAGCCAUUGGUAGAUAAACGUAAGUCUAUUUUCAAUUGUACAUAUAAUGUUAAGAUAAUAAAUAAUUAGACAUAAGAUUAAAGUUAGAUUCUUACAGUAAUUUAUAUAUAUAUAUAUAUAUAUAUGUUCAAAUGCGUCGUAUACAUAAAUAUACACGUAUUGUUACUACAUAUGUGUGUAUAUAUGCAUAUACCCACAUCAACAACGGAUAUAAUCCGUAAUAGAAUUUGGUAUUUAAGCAUUGCAAUUACAAAGGAAAAUUAUGGUUAAAGACAUUAUGAUUUCGUGCAUGUCGUCUUGUUUAAUUCAUUGACAUCUGAACAUAUUAAAUUAGAUUAUCAUCCACUACUUUCUUCUUUCUUUAUUUCAGCUGCAUAUAUUAAUAUAUCUGCAUACAAUUUUGUUAUACAGAAAAUUCAUUAUACUUUUUCUUUUAAUGUAAUAGAAAAUAAUUAUUACAAAGUUUUGCAAGAAGUCAGUGGAGUAGUAGUAUCAAGUUGUAAUUCGUAAUACUUCUUUUUCUACGAUAGGCAGCAAGAGUAUUUGUGUGCUAUCAGCAGUUUGUUUAGCAUGUACAUUAUGCGGUCAUAAAAUAGAGUGUUUAUAUCUUAUCGUUGAUUUUUGAUCAAAAUAAGACACAUGAAAUAUAUGUGACUUCACUACUACUCCGUAGUACCGAUUUGUAAUGAGAGAUCUCUUCUCCGACAUGAGAAAAUAUGUGCUUGGAUAAUUGUAUAAAUGCACAAUGUAUCUUCAUUAAAUUAUCGAGAAUGUACGUACUCAGCUUAUUUGAUGACAUCAAACAGAGACUUUCUUGAGAAUUAUCUUUGAAGACCUACUUUUGUUCAAACAAAUUCUCAUCCGUAACCACUCGUAGAUUAUUUGUUACGAGAAAAGUCAUCGUGUAAUAAUUGUAUAGAUAAUUGGAUAUAUCAAAUACGGAUGAACUGAGUCAUCAAAGUACAUUGUUUAUUUCCAGAUGAAUAAUUUAAAAAUAAAUGAGUCGAUUAUUUCACUUAUAAUAACGUGUAAUCUGUGUGUUGAAGAAAUGUAAAGAAUAAAUGAAGUUAAUAGCAGAUCUGUCUUGUUUGAAACACAUCAAAAAAUUUAAAUUGAAAAUGAAUUGAAUAAAUUAGUGAGGAUACACAAUUCAUUGUAAAUGAAAUUAUUUUACUUGUGUAAAGUAGCCAAAUCAGUCUAAAUAUCACGUAUCCUACACAUAAAUAAAUUGUAUAUACCUAUGCAUACGUAUAUUGAAUGCAUUAGACACAUACAUUUUUAUACUUUUAUUUAAUUUGGAUUAGAAUAAUUCGUUUUGCUAAUUGAUUAAAAAGGUUUUAUAAAACUUUCAAAGAAGACAGAUUUGCCAACGUAUUCUAAUAAGAACGAAUAUAUUAUAUAUUCUUUAUAAGCUGAUGUUAUUAAAAAUAAAUUUGUUUUUAUUUCUUGAAGCGUUUUCAAUCAUGAUUGCGCAUGUAUAUAUUAUGUUAUUGUUGCGAAGAGAAAAUUAUCAACUACCAUACGUCGUGCUUGAAUUGACAAAACUUUAGCCAGAUGAGGUUUAAAAUAUUGUCGGGACUGAAAUGUUAAUAUCCUUUAAUCGCUGUUUCAAUCUACAUAUACAUACAUAAAUACAUGUGUACAUAGAUCCUCCACUGGAGACGAUAUUAUAAAGAUUUCUGUACCUAUAAAUAGUAUAUAACUGUGAAAUGAGGAAAAUAUAUAAUUACAUUUUUUAGCGAAAACUUUCUAAUACAAUCGUAAGUUGGGAUAUAUAUUGCUUCAUCGAAGUAAUCGAAUUUAAAUGGCAUAAAGUGAUACCGAUUAAAAUUAGCGUUACUGGCGUUCUCAUAUGGAUAACAAUUUGAUAUUUUUCAUCACUAACAAUAUUACCUUUUUAUUUCUACAGUGUGCACUACAUACACGAUUGUAACUAAGAGAUAAAAAUAAAUAUAUAAAUAUUUACGUAACAAAUUAUAUGAUA